GUGCCUGAUAAACUGGCAGCGCGUGCCUAAGGCCUCACUCGUGGCGUGGUGCAAGAAGGCGAUGGCAGGAGUGGCCGUUCUCCUUCUGUUGGUGGUGGUGGCGGCGGCAGUUGGAGCUGAGCCAUUCAUUCUCCCAAGGAAAGACUACUGCAGGAACAGAUUUCCUUCGCAAUGCUGCCGCAAUGGGCGAGACGAUGACUGCAGCGUUCCCAUCCGCGACACUUACUGUUACUGCGACGACUUCUGCCUCGAGGGAAGCGAAUUUAACGGGGAAAAGAAUAGCCAUGGUGACUGCUGCCCGGACUUCCGCGAGGUGUGUCUAGGGGAGACUUCAGACCCCUACUUUACCGGCAGAGACGAGGACGCUGUGUGCAUCCACAAUGGCAAGGGGCUGGCGGCUGGGCAGCACACUUUCAACUGCAAUGAGUGCUUGUGUGAAGACGGGCAACUGACCUGCGAGGAGGACCAGUGCUUGGUGGACGAGGUGCUGAUACGUAGCGUGCAGCAAAACUCUCUCCGCCGCGGCUGGACGUCCGCCAACUACUCUAUGUUCUGGGGCAGGAAGCUCAAGGAGGGGCUGGCACUGAGGACCGGCACCUUGUUUCCUGAGGCAAAGACGUACAACAUGAAACCCAACCUGCUGCGCCCUGACCUGCAGCGCAUCCCUAUGGAGUUUGACGCACGACACAAGCCGGAGUGGGAGGGACUGAUCAGCGGCGUGCGGGACCAAGGCUGGUGUGGCACUUCCUGGGCCUUCUCCUCACUAGAUGUCGCGCAGGACAGGGAAAUGAUCCUCUCCGGCCAGUCUUCUGUUAUAUUAUCGGUGCAAGAACUCCUGAGCUGCACAUUCCCGAAGGUGAACUGCCAGGGAGGAUACAUGGAGCAUGCCUGGGGGUUCUUAAAGAAUCUUGGGGUGAUGGAGGAGACGUGCUACCCAUAUACGAGCGGGUCCUCCGAGAACGUGCCUUCCUGUAGCAGGGAGUCCAACCAUUGCAAGAAGUACAAGACUGAGCCAGCCUACCGCAUUUCCACCAAGGUGGAGGACAUCCAGUGGGAGAUCUUGACCGAGGGCCCCGUGCAGGCGCUGAUGACGGUGCAUCGUGACCUGUUUCUGUACAAGAGCGGCGUGUACAACUGCCCUCAGACUGACGCUCAGGACAUCACAGCGAUGCACUCCGUCAGGAUCGUGGGCUGGGGCGUGGAGUACUCCUCCAUGUAUGCUCCUGUCAAGUACUGGGUGGUGGCCAACUCCUGGGGCACCACCUGGGGCGAGAACGGCUUCUUCAAGAUCCAACGCGGCACAAACGCAUGCGGCAUUGAGAGCUUCGUGCUGGCAGUGAGAGGCCGCAAGGACCGCAUGGUCUAGCGCAGCAUUUAAGUCAUAAUGGCCAGCACCUCUGUGAUGAGAAGAGGGCGCAGCAGGCUGGCAAAAUGGUCAUGGAGGCUGGAGGGAGGAUAGGUGGAUUCCUUGUAACAAAUUAUAUCGGUAGAUUUGAGUGACGCACUGUAUCAGAUAUUGUUUUCUCCUUUUCUCUCGCCCUAACUUUAUUUAUUCUUUUAUUUUUUUUCAUUCCUUCUAAAACAUGAAAGCUUAUUUCAAGUUUGUCAGCGUCACUGGCUUACUUUAAGGAGUCUCUAUGGUUUCAAUAAAACAGAACAACCUCA